AUGUGCAUGUCGAAAGAGAAAAAACAAAGAAGACGAGGAGAGGACAAAGCCGUUCCUUCUAAUUUCAUGUGGGCUCAGGUUGCUUUGGAAGGAGAGAAAGACAGGUAAGUUUAAAACUUGCUGAAAAGGCAAAUAAAGCAUUUUGAGGAUGAACCUGCUGAUGGCGACUGGAAAGUGACUGCUCAGGGACAUGGCAAGUCCAGGAUCCUGGGGGAAAGUGCUUUCUCCAAAGGAAGUUCCUGAGAGUGGCUAGAGUGCUGGAUUAGGACCUGGGAGACUCGAGUUCAAAUCCUCACUCUGCCAUGAAGCGCUCUAUCUCUCAGCCUAACCUACCUCACAGGGUUGUUGUGAGGAUCCAAUGAGGAAGCAGACUAGAACAUCAGCUCCACUAAGCCUUUCCAGCAGAACUGGCAAGAUUUUGAAAAGAAAUGGGAAAUGGAGCUCAAAAGGCAACUAUGAAACAGGCCAGGCAAGAUUACCCCUGAUGCGUAACGUGGUUCUCUGGUGGUAUUAACCAAGGUUUUUGGAUUUUAUUUUAUUUUUGCUAAGCAUCUUCUAGGAACAGCUAUUUAGCACAUAGCUCAGACAACACAAAGUGUUGACUUUAUACAAACAACUUUAUACAACUACUCGGUGAUCUUUUUCAGUGCAAUGCUUUUGUACUGGUCUCUCCUUUUUAAUCUCUUCACCCGCUUCUUGAAAAAAUGACUGUCAAAAUGGCACUCUGACUGAACCACAUCUAGGUGAGUAUCCCUUGCUUGACUAGGGAGGAAAUAUCUAGUCAAAAUGGUACUCUGGGAUUCCUCAUUCGUUUUAAGGUUGCGGCAAGACAGUUUGCGACUUUUUACAAUAAAGGAUUCUUCUGUAUAUUCCCAUCUGAAAAUGGAGCCUUCAGCUCUGGAAUAUGUCUCCAAUGUGUCUUGCAAGUGGAGGAUUCCAGUGGAGGUAGAACGAAUGCUUGUAGGUUAUAGAGCGGUACUGAAAGGACUGGCCUUUCCAGCAACAACGACAAGAUGACAUAAUAAAUGGGAAACGGACGUCAAAAGGUAACUAUGCAACAGGGCAGGCAAACCUAUCACUUCUCACUUUGAAGCGACCAUCGCAGCUGAAGGAAGGUAACUAUCAAGUACUCUUGUAUUUUCAGAGGCGAUGACAGGCUCGGAUCCCUCACAAGUAAAUCCUAAACACUACAUCACAAUGAUAGUAAUAUAGUUCUAUACACUUCCACUAAUGGACAUUUAGGUGAGUAUCCCUAGCUUGGCUAGGGAGAAAAUUUGUAUUGUGUCCCAUCUGCAACUCAUUGUGCUAAGACUCUUUCAGGUUGCGGUGACAGAGUUGUCAGAAGAGGCCCUAUUCUGCGUCACUGCAAUGAGGCUCACCUGCAAGUAGGAGAAGACGUCUUCUUUUGUUCCAGCUCCUCUUUUCUUCUGGCUUCCCAGAGCUCACUGUACCUGAAGAGAGAGUCACCUGCUGUUUUAGGUAAGUUCACAUUCCACUACUCAGUGUCCCCCCCCCCCCAAGACAAUGUUUUUUGUAUUGGUCGCUCCUUUUUCUCAUUUUCUUUUCUGCUGGUCUCUCCACAGGUCUCUCCAAAGAGCUCUUCUUAACAUCUUCAGGUUUUCUUUUUCCUGAGAGAACAUUCGCAGAUCAAUGGCUUAUCCAGCUUCAGACAAAAAUGGCAGUCAAAAUGGUAUUCCAUUGUUCAAGGAUAUUUAGGUCAGUACCCCUUGCUCGACUAAGGAAGAAAUCUCUUAUCGUGUUCCAUCUGCAUCUUUUUGCACUAACACUGUUUUCUGCUAAGACUCUUUCAGGUUGCAGUCCCCGACUCGUCAGAAGUGGAAGCCCUUUGCAGCAGAUUUCUUCAUAACUCUUAAGGUUUUUCUUUUUCCUGAGAGAACAUUCACAGAACAUUCACAGAAUGUUCUCUCAGGUUUUGCUUUUCCCCUUGUUGCAUUGCUCAAAGAAAAAAAGCAAAAGACACUGGUGGUCGGCGCUCCUGGUUCCCAGGACGGGGUUCAAAUCCCUGCGGUGUCCAUGCUUACUUCCAAUGCAACUGCUAUCUCUCUCUAUCCCUCUCUCUCUAUCCCUCUCUAUUUCUCUAUCUCACACUGCCCAAAUAACAAUUCGCUCCCUUUUUUUAAAGCCAACAUAUUAGCAUGGGAAAGUGGUGACUUCAGGGACUGAGCUUGAUUCUUAACUCCACCAUUGCACCAAAGGACCAUUUCAAGCAUCACCUUCAAGGUUUUCAGGUCAGGGUUCAAGUCCCUGCGGUGUCCUGGCUAACUUCCAAUGCAACCAUCAUGCCCCUCUAUUAUCACCUAUAUCCCUCACUUCCCAAAGUAUUAGCGUGCGAGUGUUUUUGGAUGGGGAUUUCAGUGAAUAAGCUUGGUUUUGAACUCCGCCAUGGCAUCUAAGGACCAGUUCAAGCAACCUUUGCACUGUGCCUGCUGCUCUAAUGAUGCUCCCCUGAUGCAUCUCCAGGUGUGUCUAGAUAGGCUGGAUCAUGUGGGUGCUUCCUAUCCUAGCAUUCCCAGGUACUAAGGAGUACUACCCUAGUACUUUUUAAAAGAGAGUCUAAUUUCACAUCUUGUCUGUUUAGGAAACAACAAACACCCCAAAAAAUGCAGCCUAUUUAAAUUAUGUGGGAAAUGGACAAGGUCUCAAUGGCAGAGCAACUGGUACCACAUGCACACAUUAGCAGAACAAGCAAGGCAAAGACAGGGUGGUCAGUGUCCUCCUUUGGAGAAGACUUGUGUCCAUUUGAAGGGCUAUCAGAAGGUUAGGAUAAGGACAGGUGGCAGAAUAAGGACAGGUGGCAGUUCUCUGUAUGAUGUCCUCUGUUUGAGCGGCUGUCCAUUCCAAAUCUGGUUUAAAAGGAAAGGAAAGCAGGGGCCCAGGAACUGGCCAUCAGAAGCGAGCACCUUGGCAGACGACUGAGCAGAUGCACACAGGCCCUGGUCCUCCCCACUACAGUGAGAUGUAUAGUAUUCCUCUAUAAAAAUUAUAGAGUGAUAUCUAACAUUAGUCAUACUCAAGAGUAAAAUGAUGCAUCAAGCUAAUUCAUACUCAGACUCACCGAAACCAAUGGGUCUACUUUGUAUGACUCAGUAGGGUAGUAAUCAUUUUUAAAUAUACAUCUGUAUACAGCAUUUGCAAAUUAAUCUCUCUCUCUUUUUUUAAGCCAUGUGUCAGUGGCCAGUAUAAGCAAAGACAACAAUUUCUGCAAUUUGGAGAAUCUAAGGAAGCAACAAAUGCUGAAGGGGCAACAAAGUUUAGUGAGCAGGAAGAACCUGUGGACGGAAGCAGUUCAGACUCCAAGGCUGAAGCAGAGGAGGGACGUCAAGAGGAAUCCAGGGAGUAUCCCUCUCCUGCUGCAACAAGCUCCCCUCCAGCCUUGUCUCCAAGAACGCACAGAAUAA